GCUGGGCGGAAAAAUGUGGCUUCGGGGGAGAAAGUGAUUGUUUACAGCUCCAGCCCAGCCCUCCUCCUCCCCCAGCCACGAAAAUGCCUCUUGGGCUUCGGAGAGACAGCAGGAGCCAGUUUAAACAUAUAGUUCAUGGCCUUAUCCCUGCAGCUACCAUAGCACCUAGACCAGCAGUUCCUCGAACACCUCCACCUCGUAGUCCAGAUCCUUCUCCUGAAAGACCCAGAUCUGCCCUUGCUGCAGCCAUCCUAGCGUCCACAUUAACUGGAAGAACUUUUGCUAUUCCUCAGCCUUUUCAUCGAUCACAUUCUGAAAGCGAUAAAACAUACCUGGAAGGAGAUAGUGGCAUCAUUGAGCCUUAUGCAACUGUAACUGAGUUCAAACAAGGAGCAGAAUGGCAGGAUGAACAGGAAAAAAGAUAUUCUUUACCAAACUUUAAAAUGUCAGGCUAUAAUUGGGAUGAAGAUGUUGAGACAUGUGUUUCGGACAAUUCCAGUGUACAAGUUGAGCCCAGGACUCAGAAAAAAGAAAAAAAUUUUGAGAAUACUAUUUAUGCUGUUCCACACAAAAAUAAUAAGGACACAGUUACAUUGAUUUAUAGAACUUAUAAUGAAAGGGAUGAAACUGCUUCUGGAAAAGGUGGAUUUCCAGAUUUACAAGCUGAGUCAUUGCAAAUGAAAGGUAAACAUCCUCUUCAGAAUGUAAAGGAUGAAAAACUAUCUGCUGAAAAUGUAAUUUUUGAAAAGCCUCCACCAUUUCCAGAUGUAUCAAAUAGAAAACAUCAAGAACAGAUGGAAUUAAGUAAACAUAACUUUGAUGAAUUAAAACAAGAAAAUUUUUAUCUAAUCACUACCAAUGAGACCCUUGCCCAUGAGCUUGAAGAAAUUAAACAGGAAAUGAAGGAUUUAUAUUCAAAAUUUAAGGAAAUGGAAAAAGAUAAUGAAAAUAUGAAAGAAAAUGAGCAGAGUUCUGAAAGGGAAGUUGAUAUGGCUGAAUUUCUUUCUCUAAGACAACAAGCUCAGGAAUUGGUGGAUGAAAAUGAUGACUUGAAAAUGAUGAUAUACCGUUUAAAUGUGGAACUAAGUCGUUACCAGACUAAAUUCAGGCCAUUACCUAAAGAAGAGAAUACGGAAAUCAAAGGUCUUCCAUUCAAGGCGUCUCCACCACCAUGGCUGUUGGAUAGAAAGUAUUUGUCACCAUUACUGUUAGCCUAUGAAGACAGAAUGAAAGAAAAGGAUGAUCUAAAUGUCAAAUUUGAGGAAGAAAUGAAAAUAUUCAAAUUACGAACAGAAGAGGUAAUAAAAGAGAAUGAAACACUUCACCGAGAGCUAAACAAAAAUAGUCCUAUUACCAGUAAGGAAUGGAAUCAACUACAAAGUCAAGCCCAGCUUGUGUUAGAAGAAAACAAUGUUUUGAUGCAGCAGCUUGAGAUUCAGCAAGCCAAAGCCAAAGAUAAUAACCAGCAACAUAGUCAAGAAGUUUCCAAACUGACUAAACAGCAAGUGCUUCUGGAAAAUAAAAUAAAGAACCAAGAAAAGGAACUAGCUGAGAACCGUGAGCAACUGGAAUUUUUACACUCUAAAUGUCAAAACCUGAAAAUUCAAUUGGACAGCCGAAUAGAAAUGAAAGUUCAUGAAACAAUUAUGAAUGAACUCAAAAGCCAGCUGAAGAAGGAAGAAGAGAAAUGGAGUACUGAGUCUGAGAAUUUGAUAACUCAAAUGUCAUUGCUGCAAGCACAAAACAAGAGCCUGCUUCUAGAAAAAAGCAGAAUGGAAGCUGAAAACAAGGUCCUGGGAGCUGAAUUGGAAAGGGCAAAGAAAUUAAAUAGGGGAUCUCAAAAGCAAAUAGACCUCCUUCAGCACCAAGUAGAAGAAUCAAUGGAGAAAGAAGAGGUAGCUCACCAAUAUCUGACAAAUUUUAUUGUUUUGGCAAAUGCUAUAGCUCAAGAACGUGACAAUCUUGUACAUCUGGCUCAGUGCCUUGAAAUUGAAAAGCAAGGCGUUCUCUACAAAAUAAUUGAAGGGAAUUUUCGCUUAGGAAGAUUAGAGGAAAAAGUGAAGGUAUAUAAAAAGAAAGCCGCUGUGCAGCUGGGAGACUUCAAUCACAGAAUGACCAAGCAAGAGGAGGACUUUUGCAAGAAGAUAAAUCACUACCAGCAAGAGAUGAAACAUCUCCAGCAGCUGCUGCAAGAUAAGCAGGAGACUCUGGAAGAAGUGCUACAACAGAAAAGAGAGGUGGAAGGUGAACUUGAAGUGGUUUGGGAAUCUACUGCCAAAGAAAAUCAAAGAAUGAAAGAAUUCCUCUGCAGCACCCUAAAGAAGACUCAUUUGUGGAAGGAAUCCAAUGUCUAUGGAUCAUGCUUAAACAAAAUCUCUAAGGAAGAAUUAGUUGAAGGAUAUACUGUUAGCUUUUGUGAGGUGAAGUCUUCUUCAAGUAUGCAGGUGCCUGAAACACCUGCUUUAUAUGCCUUAUGCCAGACAGAACCCAGUGAUAAAAAAGAAACCACAUCCAAAGCAGAUGUUUUUCUCCAUAGGGAAACCAAUUUAUAUUGAAAAGAGAAAGUGUACAAUUCUGCUGUAAACAACAUUUUUCUUCUCACAGCUGUGACACUCUUUACUUUAUCAAGAGUAUAAUAAAUUGUCUAAGAAAUCUAA